AGUGAAACGUACAUGCGAGCCCCGAGCGCCAUGCGUGUUCAUGAUCGACGAGUAAGGCAUUUGCCCAGACUCUCUAACUUCAGCUACGAACUCUUUAUAUUGGACUCUGAUCGUCUAACUCUACACUCUCAAUCCAACCUCACGAUCCGAUUGACCUGGAGUAGCUUGUGGACUUCGACCAACAUGACCAUGGAGACAUCAGCAUUGAUACGAUUGAAACUGUGCCUGGGGCUUCUGGCUGCGAUAACUCAUGGCGCUGCCGCCGCCACGAACAGUGCCGCCGUCGAAUCGCUGGGAAGAAUUGUCUACCUGCCCCAUGUUAACCUGCAGAAUGAUCACAACUCAGAUCCGCUGAUUUUUGAUGCUGACGACUUGGAGAGCAUCGCCAAGACCUCCCAGCAAUCGUUCACAGACAUGGACUCCAGGUUUUUCGAAAGCAGCGACAAGUUCAAGCAUUCGAUCGCUGCUGACAUGGGAGUGAGCGGAGAGAUUCGGGGGGUCAGCUUCAGUGUGGAUUCAGAGUUCAAGCGAGUGUCAGGAUCGGAAACUGAAGUGAAAGUGGCUGAAGUCCGUGCUGCGCGUUUAUACAGCAAAACGUACUUACCCAGGGGCUCGAAGCUCAACAACUUCCCUCUCAAAGACGAUUUCAUGGAGGAUUUCCAGAAUUUGCCUACUCUGGUGAAGGAUCCGCAUGUAGAUCGUUCAUGGGCACCGUUCCGCAACUUCAUGAACAAGUGGGGCUCGCACAUCGUGUAUGUAGCUUACACUGGAGCAGUGUACCAAAGCUGGAGUAGCGCCAAGGCCGAGUACAAUUACAAUCAGAAUGACAUGGAGAUUAAGGCGUGUGUAAAGGCCGAGGGAAUCAAGGGCGCGGGCGCGUUGGAAGCCUGCGCCGGCUACAGCGAAUCCGAGCGACGGGACGCAUCGAAGCUCACCACCACCGACACGAAGCGGGUGAAGGGUGGUAGUAUGGAAACACGCAGCAAAUUGGCCAGCGGGCCUGCCACUCAAGAGCUUCUGGAGGAUUUUCUGAGCGAAGACGAUGUGGACGAUCAGCCCGUGCGAUACGAGUACCUUCCGGUCUGGGAUUUUCUACUCGGCCGCUCGGACAGCGACAGCGAUGACGCAUGGAGGGCUUACGCACUGCAGGCGUACUACGAUAGGGGUGGAAGGCGGUCACUUGCCCACUGGUGGUAACAACAGGCCAAGAUAACAACUACGCACAGAUGAUGGUGCCAGAGUACACGGAAGAUAAGGAAUACACGGGAUACUACUUGUGCAUCCGUCGCUGCAGUGGCUGCCACGAUUACUGGAACGACUGCCACUACGAUAGCCGCGCAAUGUGCUGCCGCUCUUACGGCCCGAGUGUGCUGAAACUCGACUGGAGCACAGGGUUCGUGACUCGCGCCACGGACUGGAACUCGGGGUGGUGCGAGUAUGACAAUGGGUGCUACUACACUACCUUUCAAGGAUGCGUUUGCGGUAGCAGCAAUCACGAAAACGGAUGCAACUACGAGUACCCUGCCAACCGAGCGGACGCCUGGCUCAAGUACAAGAUCAUCUGGAACCAGCACUCCUUGAGCCUCAACACCGAUAGCACUCCUGCUUCCAUCGCCGAGGCUUAGAUCGAUGUAUCAACUGUCUACCUUGUCGAUCACAUGAGUUGAUGAAACAUACUACAUAGAACAUGAUUCAGUGCUUGGCUGGCUCGUUACAUGCGGCAGUUAUUUCCUUUUCUGUGUUAUCGCAGUUGUGUAUAUAUGUGUGAAUGAGCUCCGCUCAUUAUGUAAUAAUAAAGGCAGGCAAUGGCCAGCAAUGUAAUAAUGACG